GUUGCCCUGGCUGCCUGCCCCAGACCCGGCUUGCGGAGGCUGGUGCGCGCCCAGGACGCGGCUCCCGUGCGCCUGGCACCAUGUCGGUGACAAUCUGCCAGUCCAUGGGCUUCGUGGUGUCCGCCCUGGGCAUCGGCGGCAUCAUCGCCUCCACGUGCAUGGACCAGUGGAGCACCCAGGACCUGUACAACAACCCGGUGACGGCCGUCUUCAACUACCAGGGCCUCUGGCGCACCUGUGUCCGGGAGAGCUCCGGCUUCACCGAGUGCCGCGGCUACUUCACCAUCCUGGGGCUGCCAGCGAUGUUCCAGGCUGUGAGGGCCCUCAUGAUCGUGGGGAUUGUCCUGGGAAUCCUUGGCCUCUUCGUGUGCAUUUUUGCUCUGAAAUGCAUCCGGAUUGGGAGCAUGGAGGACACUGCCAAAGCCAACAUGACCCUGACCUCUGGCAUCAUGUUCAUCAUUGCUGGCCUGUGUGCCAUCACUGGAGUGUCUGUGUUUGCCAACAUGCUGGUCACAAACUUCUGGAUGUCCACCACCAACAUGUACCAGGGAAUGCAGAACGUCCAGAACAGGUACACCUUUGGCUCUGCCCUCUUUGUCGGAUGGGUGGCAGGGGGCCUGGCCCUCGUGGGAGGCAUCAUGAUGUGCCUUGCUUGCAAAGGGCUCAUCCCAGAAGAAUCCCGCUACAAAGCCGUGUCCUACAACGCCUCGGGACGAAACAUCUCCUACAGGACAGGGCCCUACAAAUCUGGCUCGGGGUAUGAAGCUGACCCAAAGACCAGGAAGGGUGUGGGAUAUGAAGAAGCUCCUCGAAGUGAGGAUGGGAGACGCCCGUACCCUUCGAAAUAUGACUACGUCUAGCAGACCUUCUGGCCUUGAGUUGUGCUAUCAGAGAUUUUUAACUUCACAAGCAAAAAAUGCAGCAAACCAAGCAGUCUGUAAAUAGGAUUGUGUUUUCUAGUAGGUUUUCUCUACUCUGAGGUUGCAUCUUUGUUGUGAACAUCAGUUUUACUUGACUGCCCAUUAGUAUUAACAGUGCCAGGAGGUCUGUGACCAAAGUAAUGCCUUGUGGUGCUCUCAGAGUAGAAUACUUUGCUCCUAUUUUCUGUAUAAACUGAUAUCCAGGAGCAGUGCCUUGUGCCCUUUCUUAAUUGCUCAAAUAGUGGAAAUAUCCCUUUAAUAAUAGCUGUGUAUUUUAAUUAAAUUCUGUUGUGUCCCAUUGGUUGUGCCCAAAGCAAACAGAGCCAGUGGUCAGGGCAUUUUCCUCCCUGGUGACUUCUCUACCCAGUCCCACCUUUGCUUCGCUGGCUGUACUCUAACGCUGAUCUGCUGAUAUUUAAUCUGAUUUCUGUUACUUAGACAUUUGCUGGAGCCCGUGAUAGCAAAGUGUAUUUAUUUCUUUGGAUCUCUCCAGGGAAUGUGCAUAAUCCAUUGUUAUUCCUGCACUAAUAGCUCCCAACCUCCAUGUGCACCGGUGUUCCUGCAGAUGUCAUCUUUAAUGGAGCCAGGAGAAUUUCUCAUUUAGAAUUAAUUAGAGUUACCUGUGGAGCAGGAAUCCCAGGGAGCAUUAGAUGUGUAACUCCGCACCGACAUCAGGACUUCCCUGUGGUAAUUCUCCCCCCAGUGAUGGGAAGAUUAACUCCAUAGUGGAACAUUGCCUCCUCCAGCCAAUCCUUCAGAGAGGGAGUUUAUCUGAAGGGGGAAGAGGGAGACAUGUCAGAACAUUUUUGGGAACAGAGAGCUGUGAGCUUUUAGCAGGUCUUCUCACCUAGUGUCAGAACACAUCCUAAAAAACUCUAGACAAUGCCUAUGAACGGAAGAAAGGGAUAAGUUAAAGAGAAAAAGGGGUUCCAGACCCUACAAAGCAACCAUUUAAUGGCAUCUGCAGUGGGCUUGAGCACCACUUCUCAGGAUUACAAGUUCUCUGAAGGAAUUCAGUUCAGGCAAAAUGGUUUUGGUGAAAUGCUGGUUUUUGGUGAAGAGCUGGACAUUUCUGCAGAGCUGGACCUUUGGAAGGUCAAGUUACCACCAGGUGAGCUGGCAUCUCUGGUGGCUCUGAGGAUUAGAGGGUGCAGGCUGUGUUCCCAGUGAGCACAAACUGCAUCCCCCUCCUCCCCAUGUCCAACAGUGCUCCAUAAACCUCUGCUUCCAUAAUCACCAGCUUUCCACUGCCACAUGGAGGCAAAUCCCCAGCACAGGUCCAGGAGAUCCCGGGGAAGGUCAACAAGAGGAGGAGGCAACACCUGGCAGGUGGUUGGAGGAAACAACCACCACGCAGAGGGGUGGGAAGAGCUUCUAGCCAACAGCAGCUCAGGCUGGAUCUUGGCAAACUGGGACAAACCCCUGUGGGAUGUCAGUACUGACCCUCCCUUUUGUUCCAGCAAAAAACUUGUUUUUAAAGAAGAAGAAUUUCUUUUGCAGAAGUAGAUCCUGUUCUAUUUUAAAAACAUUGCUACUCUUUUCCAUAAUUUGUAUCUCUCAGUAUAAACUUAGAUUUUCUGCCUUUUUUUUUUUUGCCUGCUGGAUUUUUUUUGCUUGUUUGUUUUGUUAGUUGUUGUUUUCUUUU